AUUUCCUGCACCGUGAGUCUCCACAAAACGCAGAACGGACCUUUCCCGAGUCCGAGAGCCGGGGAAACGAGGCUUCAGACUCCUACACGCACUCGCUUCGCGCAGAAAAAGCGGGGGAACCCUCUUGCUCGGGCACCAGGAGCUUAAAAGAGAGAAAAGAAGCUGCAUCGAAAGCCGGAAGCCAGCGCAAUGUCGCGCGCGGGACACUUGGCAGUGUAUGUACACCUCGUGAAAAUCCUGCCAGGUGACUGCAGACCGCGCAGUCGCGUUUGCCUUCCCCUCUUUCGCUUCCGCUCAUGGAAAACGGAGGAACACAGAAACUGACCAGUUUUUCCAGAGAGAGCGACGUCCUCACUUGCCACGAUCUCCUUCGUCGCACCCCGGCGAGUCGACAACAUCGUGGAAUCCCUUCUCUUGUUCACGCGCCAACGCGACAAAAAACAGAAGCCGCUCGAAAAAUUCCUUUCUCGUCGAAGUCCCGAGAAUCGGCAAAUGUCGGCCACUCUGUUCCGCCGGGGUCCCUCUUUUCCGUUAUUCCAUCUUCGUCACCCAGCCUGGGGAGCUGCUCGAGCAAGGCGCUGCCCUCUGUUCGGCACCUUUUCCCCUUCAAACUGCCGCCUUUCCCUCGAGUUCGAGAAAGGAGUAUCGCCUCAGCCCCGGAGCGACUGAAAGGCAGGACAAGAGUGCACUGCGUCCACGACGCGUCUCUCGAGACCAGGUGGAUCGGUCGAAGAGAGGCGCUUGCCGGCCGGCAUACUCACUACUUUAGUUGGAAGCGAACGCGGGAAACGGUGCCUCAUUUUCGCUUCGAUGGCUGAACAGUUACAAGGUGCCCGAAGUUGAGAAGGAGCACCACGGCUCCCAGAGAUCUGCGUGCGUUUCCAGCUUUUAGAAGCUUCCCUUUAAGAAGAAGACCGCGGCGAGGCGCCACGCUUCUCUCUCGGGGGCUUCAGACUUACCACAGAACGCCCCCCAGUUU